AUGAACUUCUGCACCAUCAUCACCUGCCUCCUCAGCUGUCUCUGUCUCCUUAUUCAAGCACAAGACGACUCCCCCACUAAGACUGUUGCCUUGGAAGCCAACAAAACCAUCCCCUCGACUCCUAAAACAACCGUCACCCAGGCCGCCAACUCCAUCUCCGUCUCCCCCAUCGCCAGCUCCUAUCCCACCCCCAUCAACAACCUCGAAACGACAGACAUCGCCGCCCUCGACGACAGUAAAUCCGAUCCAGCAGCAGGCUUCAUCAAGACCUGCGUGGCAUGGCAAGUCUGGGACGCCAACAACUACCUCUGGGCCCGCUGCCGCGCCAGCGGCCGUCACGGCAAAUUCUUCUGGUCGCGCAUCGGUCUCGACCACAUGCUCGGCAACGUCGGCGGCCGCCUCGUGUACCAGAAGGAAGGGUACUUCUCGUCCUCUUGCAUCUCGUGCCGCCCCCGCCCGUUCACCGACACCUACUUCCAGUGCGAAUGCCCUGAUAGCAAGGGGGAGUUCCAGUUGACCAGCAUAGAUCUGAACAAAUAUCUCGGCAACAGAAACGGCUUCAUCUGCUCCGAAUACAUGUGUGGUGUCCGCGAAGAUCCCUCCCCUGCUGCGGGUCAGUAA